AUGAAGCUGUCCUCCAUCCUCACGGGUCUUACGGCCCUUCUGCCCUUUGCUUCGGCCUUUACGAACCCGAUCCGCCGUCCCGGAGGUGCCGACCCCUUCAUCACGUACUCGGGCGACGGGUACUACUACAUCCUCACGACGACCUGGUCGACGGUCGAGAUCGCCCGGUCCACCACCAUCGAGGGCCUGAAGACCGCCGCGAAGAAGGUCGUCUACUCUUCCAACGACGGCUCGAGAUGCUGCAACGUCUGGGCGCCCGAGGUGCACUGGUUGGGUAACCGGUGGUACAUUUACUUCACCGCCGGCGGCAGCGCGAACUUGGAUAACCAGAGGAUGCAUGUUCUCCGGGGUGGUUCCACCCCCUGGGACAGCUACUCUUACGUAGGCCGCAUCGGCGCCGACGAAUGGGCCAUUGACGCCUCGGUCCUCCGCACGCCGCAGCACGGCAACUUCCUCAUGUACUCGUGCUUCCACGGCGCGCAGUACCAGUCCAUCUGCAUCCAGAAGCUCAACGCCGACUUCGUGUCGACCUCGGGCUCCGUCAGCCUCAUCUCGCAACCCACGCAGUCCUGGGAGCGCGUCUCCCACCCCGUCAACGAAGGGCCCGCAGCGCUCUACUUUGGCGGCAAGACGUACAUCGCCUACUCGGCCUCCUACUGCUGGUCCGCGAGCUACUGCCUCGGCCUCCUCACCUGGGACGGCACCACGGUGCCCACGAGCACCGCCGCGUGGACCAAGGGCAACGGGUGCGUGCUCAAGAGCGGCAACGGCCACUACGGCACCGGCCACAACAGUUUCUUCCAGAGCCCCUCGGGGGACCAGACCUGGAUCGCCUACCAUGCCACCGCCAACUCUGCCGGCGCCUGCGAUGAUAGCCGGUACACCAUGGUGCAGCAGCUCGGCACGCACAGCAACGGCGCUCCCAACUUUGGCACGCCCGUGGCGUUUAGCUACUCGUACAGCGAGCCUCGGAAGUAG